AGUGUUCAAAAAUUAGUGUCACUUUUUUAUUGUCGUUGCAGGAAUGAACAGUUUAAAACAGAAUGAGCACAUUUUGAAAACAGUUUGUAUACCAGCUCAUUUUCAGCUUUCAGCUGUGAAACGGUGUCUUCACACAGCAGCUCAUUUUACAGUCUUCUCACUAAUUAGCCUAUCUCUAUGCCUGUAUGCCUUUCUCUGUGUGGAACUUGCUAAACAAGCACAUCGUUUGAAACCAUUCAUUCAUCUCCGCUCUCUUCAGCUGCUGUCAUGGCAACCAUGUAUGACUGGCAGAAAACAGACCGCAGUCUCUGAGCUCCAGUCAACCUUCAGAGCAUGAACCACACUCUUAUGGGCAGAUGAAGAGUUGUGAUUUGGAGACACCAGGGCAGCUGCAGACUGUGAGGACUAUGACGCAUCAAGCAUAUCAACCCCUCCUUCCCUCUGGAAACAAAUAUCUGCAGCAGAAAUGGGACAUGGCUUCAUAUGAUUUACACAGGGGAAAGGUGAAGUCAGCAAAACCAACAAUAAACACAACUCCACCAAAGACCUAUGACCACCUGACUCUCAGGCUGAAGAAACUAAAGCUCGAAGAGGAAUGGACAACGAAGAUUGAGAGGGAAAACAAUAUGCUUAUGGAGAAAAUAUCACGCAUCAUGAGGACGACUGGAGGAGUUGACAACAGGAAAUAUUAUGACAGAAAAAGCCUCGGCAAGGAGAAGCGACAGCUGGAGUUGCUCCGUAUUACCAAGGAGAAUCAAAUGAUCCUGUUCCGUCUGAGCCAAUGCAGGCCUCACUAUAAUGUGAAGAGCUGGCAUGAGGACUGGCUCAAAACUCUCAAGGUGAUGGACAGCAUUGCACGUUACCCACGAGAAAGAUCAAAUAAGCAAAAGGGACAAGAAAACCCCAUCACAAAGUGCAGUGACUGUGAUAAAGAACAGAAGAUCAGCGCUGAUACAACGACACAGAGCCCUGCAAGCAACAUGGCCACUGAUAAAGCACAAAAAAUUAAAAGUGAAAAGGGGAAAGAAACUAGCGAGAAAGAAGGUACAAGAACAGAGAUGCAGCAGGACAGAUGAGAAACCCAUUUCACCUGGUUCUUCUGACAGCACAGCAGAUAAACCUCAAUGCUGAAACUUUUUCCUCUCCUGGUGGAUCUGAAACGCCCACUCGUCACACACCUAAAACACUCAAGGAUAAGACUGCAAGUCCUGCGAAAGAGACUGUUAGUUCCACUUUAAACAUUCUGCAGUCUUAACACCAGAGAAAACUCUACUUAGAUACUGUAUGGUACUUAUAUGAUCUUUGGUAUUAGAUGAGUCUCAAAUCUGUUGUCAGUUGUAGUAUUUGUAUUUGCUUUGUACUGAGAUACAUUUAUGAACACAAUACCUCUGUGGAAGAUGUAAUAUUCACAGACAGAAUGAUAAACUAUUGUAAUGCUUCUUUCAUAACAACAAAUAAAGUAAUAAAGAAAUUAAAUAAG